AUGGUUGUCUUCAGUUUGCCACUGGCUUCAUAUGCUUCUAGUGAUACUUUAUUCAUGAAGGAAAGGGCUAGGGUGAUUGAGGGCAAUGAUCUGGGAAAUGAUGAUACCAUCGGAGGGAAUGUGAGCAAAUAUAUGGUGCUUCCAACUGGAUACUGUGGACAGCCCAAGAAAGGACAUCUUAUCUUUGAUGCUUGCUUUGAAAGUGGUAACCUUGGACGGGUGGACCAGGUCUCUGAGUUUGAGUAUGAUUUAUUCAUUAGGCCGGAUACCUGUAAUCCACGCUUCCGAGUCUGGUUCAACUUUACUGUUGAGAACGUGAAAGAAUCACAGAGAGUCAUUUUCAACAUCGUUAACUUCAGCAAAACUAAAAGUCUUUAUAGAGAUGGGAUGGCCCCUAUGGUGAAAUCUACCAGCAGACCAAAAUGGCAAAGACUGCCACCUAAAAAUGUUUACUACUACCGCUGCCCAGACCAUGGGAAGAAUUAUGUGAUGUCCUUUGCAUUUUGUUUUGACCGAGAAGAAGAUAUUUACCAGUUUGCUUACUGCUACCCAUAUACGUACACUCGCUUUCAGCAUUACCUUGACAGCCUGCAAAAGAGAAACAUGGAUUACUUCUUCCGGGAGCAGCUGGGUCAGAGUGUGCAACAGCGGCACCUAGACCUCCUGACGAUAACCAGCCCUGACAACCUUCGGGAGGGGGCAGAGCAGAAGGUGGUAUUCAUCACAGGACGAGUCCACCCGGGGGAAACACCCUCUUCAUUCGUGUGUCAAGGGAUCAUUGACUUCCUCAUAAGCCAGCACCCUAUUGCUCGUGCCCUACGGGAACACCUGGUCUUCAAGAUUGCACCCAUGCUCAACCCUGAUGGCGUCUACCUGGGCAAUUACAGGUGCUCUCUGAUGGGGUUCGACCUGAACCGUCACUGGCUGGAUCCCUCUCCAUGGGCCCACCCCACCCUGCAUGGGGUGAAACAGCUCAUCAUUCAGAUGUACAACGACCCAAAAACAAGCCUGGAGUUUUAUAUUGACAUCCACGCCCACUCCACCAUGAUGAAUGGCUUCAUGUAUGGCAACGUCUUUGAAGAUGAGGAGCGGUUCCAGAGGCAGGCCGUCUUCCCCAAGCUCCUCUGCCAGAACGCUGAGGACUUCUCCUACUCCAGCACGUCCUUUAACCGAGAUGCCGUGAAAGCAGGAACUGGCCGUCGCUUCCUCGGUGGGCUGCUGGACCACACUUCGUAUUGCUACACCCUCGAGGUUUCCUUCUACAGCUACAUCAUCGGUGGCACCACGGCCGCUGUGCCCUACACAGAGGAAGCCUAUAUGAAGCUGGGGCAGAACGUGGCGAGAACGUUUUUGGAUUAUUACCGGCUGAACCCCAUGGUCGAGAAAGUGACGAUCCCCAUGCCAAGGCUGCGGAAAGAAACGCCCCCCUACAAGCGCUCACUCCUGCGGGGCCCAGCCAGCAGCCACCCCAACAGCAAAGGGGGCAAGAAGAGCUCAGUGAACCACAAAGACCCUUCAAACUCUUUUUAA